UUCGCUCGGCCCUCCGCGGCCUCUUUGUUUGCCCGGCGCGCGGGCGGGCCCACGGUUAUAUUUAGGCGGCAGGUGUGGGAGCCACAACAAGCCUGGUCGCCCGCCGGUUACCGGCCACCCCGCCCACGUGAUGCCUGGGCGCUAUAAAUAGCCCCCACGGCGCGGGUCCGCCGAGCAUCCGCUUGGAGGCCGGUGCGCCCCGCGCUCUGGGUCUCGGCCGCCGCGCCCGGCCCGGCCCGCACGGAUGGAGGCGGCGGCGGGACGCCUGCGCGCGCGGACCUUGCCUGCUGCAGACCAGCCUGGGAUUUAUGGAGAGGGCCUCAGGGGGCAGCUCUGAGUACUGCCGCGCCCAACAUCGCUGCCGCCGCCGCGCCUGCUGCUGAGGAGGCCCCCGGGCCACCGGGCCUCACCAUUGCCCUUGCCCGCGCAUGGCCCCCGCUGCCCGGCCCGGGGCCGCCUGAGCCGCCCGCCCCGCUGCAGGACUCGGUGGGCCCCGAUGGGGUAACGUGACCGCGCCCGCGUCAGCUCCGUGCGAGUCCGCUCUGCCUUUCAGCCUUGGGGGUGUGGGGCCGCCUUUGAGCCCCGGGGGCCAUCCGCCCGUCCACCGAUGCCGAGAGGACGUCCCCAGCCACAGGCUCGGCCACGGCCACGGCCACGGUGCCCGGACACGCUUCGGGCUUUUUACAGUUUUCUUUGCUGAGGUUUUUGGUUGUCGUUUUUAUUUUUGCUCCCUUGUAAUUACCCGGCUCUGGGGGCAGGAGCUCGGACUGGCCUGUUUUACUUCUGGGGGCUUUUUCGUUCCUUUUCUUUUUUAAGGAGUUGGGUUUCUUUUUUAAUUCUCCACGUGCCGGGCUGGGCGGCGUCCUCCCCCGUCCCGAGUAUUUGCACAAUAUUUGUGCGCGGCGCAGGGGGCAGGUUUUGUAAAAGUCGUUUCCUCUCUUGCGGACAAGCACAGGGAUCUCAUUCUUCUCGGGUUCUGGGGGGCUUGUCCGUGUCCUCUGCCCUGUCUGCAGUCCCUCCCUGGCCCCCCCCCCCCCUGGAGGAGCCAUGGCUCGCAUGAACCGGCCGGCCCCCGUGGAGGUGAGCUACAAGAACAUGCGCUUCCUUAUCACGCACAACCCCACCAACGCCACUCUCAGCACCUUCAUCGAGGACCUGAAGAAGUACGGGGCCACCACUGUGGUGCGCGUGUGUGAGGUGACCUACGACAAGGCCCCCCUGGAGAAGGAUGGCAUCACCGUCGUGGACUGGCCGUUCGAUGACGGGGCGCCCCCUCCUGGCAAAGUGGUGGAGGACUGGCUGAGCCUGCUGAAGGCCAAGUUCUGCGAUGACCCUGGCAGCUGCGUGGCUGUGCACUGCGUGGCUGGCCUGGGACGGGCUCCGGUCCUUGUGGCACUGGCCCUCAUAGAGAGCGGGAUGAAGUACGAAGACGCCAUCCAGUUCAUCCGACAGAAGCGCCGCGGAGCCAUCAACAGCAAACAGCUCACCUACCUGGAGAAAUACCGGCCUAAACAGAGACUGCGGUUCAAAGACCCACACACGCACAAGACCAAAUGCUGUGUCAUGUAGCUCAGGACCUCAGCCCGCAGGGCCACCCGGCCCCGCCUCGCCCAGCAGGGCUCCCGGCCUCGGCCGCCUCCCCCUUGCCUCUUCUCUGGGACACUGCAGCGC